AUGGACCAGGACACCACAGACCAAAGCGGCAAAUCACCCAAGCCUGUGACGCCAGAGAGCGAUACUCCGGCGUCUCUUCUGCUGCAGAAUAUCGAAGCCCCGCCCGUUGCUACCCCAAAAACCACCAACGGAUGGGGUCGAGAUCCUGAAGAGGACAAUGACGAGCCAGCUGUAGCAAAGCCCUUCGCUCGCAUGUCCAGCCCUGACUCGGCAGCUCGCGCGCAGGGAGCCUCUAACCCUGCGGCGGAAGACAAGAAUGGGGACGUGGAGAGCAGCCCGGACGACGGGCGGUCGUUCUACAAGAUGCACAAGUUCAGUCUCUACGAAACAGUCAGCCGCUACUACAUGGUCGGAGUGGACGUGAGCGAGAAGCGGUACAGGAUCUUGAAGAUUGAUAGAACCACAGAGGGGGCCGAGCUGAACAUCACCGACGACAAGAUCAUCUACAGCCUCAGGGAGGUGAACCAGCUGCUCGACACCAUUGAUGACGGAAAUCGUGGGACUGGAGGCAUCAAGCUCCGCUGCACCACCUGGGGCUUGCUGGGCUUCAUCAAGUUUACCGGCCCAUACUACAUGCUUCUCAUCACCAAGAAGAGCACUGUCGCCAUGAUUGGUGGCCACUACAUCCACCAGGUGGAGGGAACUGAGCUGGUGCCUUUGACGCCUGGACGGUCCAAGGUCGACGCUCGCAACAAGCCGGAAGAGCAGCGCUACCUGACGAUAUUGAACACGCUUGACCUGACCAAGUCAUUCUACUACAGCUAUUCAUACGACAUUACUCGAACUCUCCAGCAUAACAUUACCAGAGAGAGGAAAUCACUCGCAAACGGCACCAUACCGUGGCCAAACGAGGAUCUCAAUUCAAUGCGGUCACGAUAUUUUGCUGGCGCCCGCUUUCUAAAGCGAGGCGCAAACGACUUGGGAUACGUCGCCAAUGACGUUGAAACAGAGCAAAUCGUCGCUGAAUCCUUGACAACGUCUUUCCACGCUCCAGGUCCAAGACCGUACUGCAGCCCUCAGUACACUUCUUACGUCCAACAUCGAGGAAGUAUACCUCUCUAUUGGACACAAGACAACACCGGCGUGACUCCAAAGCCACCCAUUGAGCUCAAUCUGAUAGAUCCCUUCUAUAGUGCCGCGGCACUCCAUUUCGAUAAUUUAUUUGAGCGGUAUGGCGCGCCUAUCUAUGUGCUCAACCUUAUCAAGUCCAAAGAGCGGCAACCCAGGGAAUCGAAGCUUCUAGCAGAGUAUACACAUGCCAUAGACUACCUCAACCAGUUCCUGCCAGACGACAAAAAGAUCAUCCACAAGGCGUGGGACAUGAGCCGCGCCUCGAAAAUCCGAGGUGGUGAUGUGAUUGGAAACCUAGAGACAAUUGCCGAAUCGGUCCUAAAGACAACAGGCUUCUUCCAAAACGGCGAUGGGCUCACAAGCGGUAUGACGGCUCAGAACGGCAUUGCCCGGACCAAUUGCAUCGACUGCUUAGAUCGCACCAAUGCCGCUCAAUUCGUCAUUGGCAAGCGUGCGUUGGGCCAUCAACUUCACGCUCUGGGGAUUAUUGAAAAUACAUCUGUCGAGUACGAUACCGAUGCCGUGAAUCUCUUCACUCAUAUGUGGCAUGAUCACGGAGACACCAUUGCGGUACAGUACGGCGGUUCUCAGCUUGUCAAUACCAUGGAAACCUAUCGCAAAAUCAACCAAUGGACCAGCCACUCUCGAGAUAUGAUAGAAAGCUUCAAGCGGUACUACAAUAACUCGUUCUUGGACAGCCAGAGACAAGAGGCGUACAAUCUCUUCCUAGGCAACUAUAUUUUCGCACAAGGCCAACCUAUGCUUUGGGAUCUCCCAACAGACUACUACCUUCACCACGCCAAUCCUAGAGAAUGGACAGAUGCAGGACGGCCUAGUUACAUCAACUGGUUUACACCGGCAUAUCUUAAGGAACGGAAGAUACCGCCUUUCGUAGCACCAACGGCUCUUGGCCGCUGCAAAAAUGCAGAGUCUUUUGACGAUUAUUGGCUAGAAUAUUAUCGGCCUGCCACCCUAUCUUCCUUCCCCAAGAUGUUUGCGUACAAAAUGAAUUCCACCAUCAAAUAUAUUCCUCUAAAGGCAACCCAAGACGGUAGAUACGACCUCAGCCCCUUCCGAGUCCGAACCGAUGGUGACGUCGAUCCGGAAAAGAGAAAAGGGAAAAAGGAGCCAACAUCGCCGACCACAUCUCUUGCUUCGACAAACUACCGACAUUUAGACACGGGAGAUCGAGCUUCGGUUACUUUCUCUGAUAUCUCUGGGAGAGAUGGAUCUCGCAAUCUCUGGCUGCGGCCAUCACAUGCCGGCGAGCGCUGGGGAAUCUACGAUGGUCACGAGACCAUGUAUUCAUCCAAAGCUUCUGCAUCCGCAGAUACUUUAAAUCUAAAAGAGAAGUCGUCGGACCUCGAAAAAUCUAAAACAACACAGUGGACAUUUACCAAGGCGGUACAUGACGCACUAAACCCAGUCGUAAAGGAUCAGGAGGCAGAUGAUUAUGAACGAUACAUUCGUCAUCCUCAAAAUCUUCCACUUGUUAUAUCUAGCGACACUCCUAUAGACAUCGACUCAUCGGAGUAUCAGGAGUAUGUUGACGGCACUUGGCUCAAUCAGGGCCUGAUGGUUUCAGGGGUCGAUGAAGAUGCAGACGUGUAUUCAGAACUGGUCAAGGUAGUAGAGAAUCCCCUGACUGUCACCGAAGAGGAUGCGCCUAAGAAGAGGUACAAAGCGUACGGGAAGUGGCUUCGAGGAAAAUCCUUCUUCAAACAGCAGCCUCUUGACUGA